AUGAUUAAUUGGCGAGAAAAGCUGACGCAAAGGUCAGCUAUUCGACCGAUACAACAGCGAAUACGUUUAUUCCCACGAUCCAAGUCAGGCGCUAAGGGCAAUGCGACCUACAUUUCGCAUCACUAUGAGAAAUGUGCUGCUGCAAAUCGUCGAACUUCAGUUGGAUCUAGCCAAAGCGAUUCUGAGAAUGAUGCUUCAGUUGGUUUUGGAGCACCAAGAUCAAAUCACAAUGGUCAAGCUCAUCGUGUCGUAAAUAGAUCUCGAGGACAACACGGACAUCCUCGUCGUUCUCAUGCGAAGAGCCGUAAUUUCGACCCAAGGCAUAAUGCAGUUAGAGCCAAAGAGAAAGCAAACUCUUCGCAAAAUGGGAUUGAUCUAUCAAAAAUCUUUACAGGCUUGACAGGUCUCAUGGGCUUUGGCGGAAACGAAGGAAGUGGCACUCUUGAUAAGAUGCUUGGAAACAAGGACUUAGGCUCUUUGAUGAAAAUGAUGGUUUUGCUGAAAACCAUGGGAGGCAUCAAAAACAAGGGCAUGUUUUCGCUUUUCUAA